AUGGCAAAUCUAAAAGGAUUUUACCUUGAUCAACAGUUUGCGGACUUUCCAUUAGUGGCCGCGUACUGCGGCGAGCAAAAGCUAUAUCAUCAGGAUCGGUUGUACUCGAUGCAACGUCGUGACAGCUGGCCGUCAUCGGAAUGUGGGUUAUCCGUCGUGUCCAAACCACCUUCCUUGGCCGCAACAGGCCGCAACCAGCAAACGCCAGAUCAAGAUGCAGUUGCAAAGGUCGGACCCCGGGAAACCAUCCAAGAUGUUAAGGUCAAGUUCGCCGCCCUGGAGUGCAUCGAGGAACCGGCCCAACUGGUGCUGUCCUGCGAGGGCAUGCUACUCGCCCACGACUCGCUCGUGUCCGCCCUCGGCUCGGCCGAACUCGACCUGACCGUGCCGCUGCUCGGUGGUAAGGUACACGGUUCGCUGGCCCGUGCCGGCAAUGUCAAGGGAAAAAGGCCGAAGGUCGAGAAGAAGGAAAAGAAGAAGAAGACCAGCCGUGCCAAGCGCCGCAUCCAGUACAACCGCAACUUUGCCAACGUGGUGCAGGCCUUCGGUCGCCGCCGCGGUCCGAACGCCAACUCGACGUAAGCUGCUCUGAAU